AUGAUGAAGGAUAAUCGAAUAGGUUUUGGUACUUUAGCUAUUCAUGCAGGAUCUGAGCAUGAUCCUUAUACGGGUGCAGUUAUAUCUCCAAUCCAUUUAUCUACAACUUUUGCCCAAAUUUCUCCGGGAAAUCCUAUUUCAAAAUAUGAUUAUUCUCGCUCAGAUAAUCCGUCUCGAGAAUUUUUUGAAACAGCUGUUAAAACACUUGAAAAUGCGAAAUAUGCUCUUUCAUUUUCUUCAGGUAGUGCUGCUUUAGCUGUUAUUUUGCAUCUCUUAGAUACAAAUAGUCAUGUGAUUUCGUCAAUGGAUGUUUAUGGCGGUACACAUCGCUAUUUCACAAAAGUUGCAUCAGCCUGUGGUAUUGAUACUACCUUUGUUGAUUUAACAAUAGCAGAAUCACUUAAAGAACAUAUUAAGCCAGAAACAAAGUUAGUAUGGAUUGAAACACCGAGUAAUCCUAUGCUUACUGUAGUCGAUAUUUCUUCUAUUUCAAAAAUAGCACAUGAACAUAAUAUUACUGUUAUUGUAGACAAUACGUUUCUUUCUCCUUAUUUAUGUAAUCCUUUAAAUUAUGGGGCGGAUAUUGUUGUUCAUUCAGUAACUAAAUAUAUAAAUGGUCAUAGUGAUGUUGUUAUGGGGGCUAUAGCUUUAAAUUCUGAUGAUUUAUUUGCAAGACUUAAGUUUCUACAAAAUGCUGUUGGAGCUAUUCCAAGUCCUUUUGAUUGCUGGCUUGCUCAUAGAGGAUUGAAAACGCUUCAUCUUCGUUAUAAACAAUGCUGUAAUAAUGCUAUGGCAAUUGCUAAAGUUCUUGAAAAUCAUCAACAGGUUAUGCAUGUGUAUUAUCCUGGACUUACGUCUUAUCCUCAAAGAGAUAUUGUUGAAAAACAGCAUCGAGACAGUUUAGGUGGGGGAAUGAUAAGUUUCCGAAUAAAAGGCGGUGUUAUUGCAGCGCAAAAGUUUUGUCAAUCUACAAAAUUGUUUUGUCUUGCAGAAAGUUUAGGAGGCAUUGAAAGUUUGUGUGAAAUUCCUGCUUUAAUGACGCAUCUUGGGAUACCUAAAGAUCAAAAGGAUAAAACAGGUAUAUAUGAUAAUUUAAUUCGUUUAAGUGUUGGAUGUGAAGAAGAAGAGGAUCUCGUUAAUGACAUUUUACAAGCACUAGGGAAAUCGAUUCUUGCAUAG